UUUGCGUCAUUACUGAGCGCCUCGUCCCCUGUGAGGCUGCUGGGAAACGAAACUGAUAUUUGGCGGAUUGGCGUUGGGCGGUCUGUUGCUCUCAAGGCCGGGCCCGUUUCGGACGGCAAGAAGCCCCGCUGCUCCUUCCUUCCUACCUUCCUCGGUCCGGCAGAGCUCCCUUGCCCCUUCCCCUCGUGAGCGCAGCAGACAAGUAAAAAUGAAGCGAAGAACAGAACCUGAAUAUAGUAGCCCCCAGAAGAAGCAGAAGAAAAGAAUAGAAGAACUUGGUUUGACCCUCAGUUCCACUUCAGAUGAUGAGACUCAGCUUAGUAAUCAUGCAACUCAAGAAUCUUCCACAAGCAGCAGUGAGUCUGAUAAUGAGAGCAACGAGAGGCGUCCUGUCCUUGGUUCAUUCAGCAAUAAAUUCAGUGCAGAUUCUCUUGUGGAGGGCACAUCUUCCCGCUACUCCAUGUAUAACAGUGUGUCUCAGAAACUCAUGGCCAAGAUGGGCUUUCGAGAAGGUGAAGGACUUGGAAAAUACGGCCAGGGGAGACAAGAGAUAGUCGAGGCCUCCCAGCAGAAAGGAAGGCGAGGUUUGGGGCUGACUCUGAAAGGAUUUGAUGGAGAGGUUAACAUCAACUGGCAAGAUGAACCAGAGGCUAGUGCUUAUGAGCAGGUGGACUGGUUUCCAGAGUGUACCACUGAAAUUCCAGAUGCUGAGGAAAUGAAGGACUGGAUGACCAUAGGGAAGAGGAAACUGGUAAUUGAUGACGAAACUGAAUUCUGCGGAGAAGAACUCCUUCAGAAUAUGCUGCGUUGCAAGAGUGUGUUUGAUGAGCUGGAUGGAGAGGAGAUGCGUCGAGCUCGCACAAGGUCUAACCCCUAUGAAAUGAUCCGUGGAGUCUUCUUCUUAAACAGAGCUGCAAUGAAGAUGGCAAAUCUAGACUAUGUCUUUGACUUCAUGUUUACAAACCCAAAGGAUUCUCAUGGGAUACCUCUCAUCAAAGAUCGUGGCGCAGAGCUCCUGUACUUUGCUGAUGUAUGUGCUGGCCCUGGUGGUUUCUCAGAGUAUAUUCUCUGGAGAAAGAAGUGGCAUGCGAAAGGGUUCGGGAUGACCUUAAAAGGACCAAAUGAUUUCAAACUGGAGGACUUUUAUGCUGCCUCCAGUGAGCUCUUUGAGCCCUACUAUGGUGAAGGAGGAAUUGAGGGAGAUGGAGACAUCACCCGUCCUGAGAACAUCACUGCCUUCCAGAAUUUUGUGCAAGACAACACAGAUCACAAGGGGGUACAUUUCUUAAUGGCAGAUGGGGGUUUCUCUGUAGAGGGGCAAGAAAAUAUCCAAGAGAUUCUAAGCAAACAGUUGACACUUUGCCAGUUCCUCACAGGACUUUCUGUUAUACGAACAGGAGGACACUUUCUCUGUAAAACCUUUGACCUGUUCACACCGUUCAGUAUUGGCCUGGUGUACUUGCUGUACUGCUGCUUUGAGCGCAUGUCAAUCUUCAAACCUGUGACAAGUCGUCCUGCCAAUUCUGAGAGAUAUGUGGUGUGUCGUGGGUUAAAGUCUGGAAUUGAUGAGGUGAGAGACUACCUUUUUGCAGUGAACAUGAAACUCAACCAGCUGCGCGGCACAGACCAGGAUGUUAACCUUGUUGUUCCCCUGGAAGUAAUCAGAGGUGACCAUGAUUUCUAUGACUACAUGAUCCGAUCAAAUGAAAGAAUCUGCGCUGUUCAGAUCAAAGCACUGGCCAAAAUCCGUGCCUUUGUUCAAAACACGACCUUGAAUGAACCACGGCAAGCUGAUAUCCGAAAAGAGUGCCUCCGGCUUUGGGGCAUUCCUGACCAGGCUCGAGUUGCUCCAUCCUCUUCUAAUCCCAAAUCCAAGUUCUUUGAGCUAAUUCAGGGGGCCAACAUAGAGAUCUUCAGUUACAAACCAACUCCUCUCACUUCAAAAACCUUGGAGAAGAUCAGGCCAGUGUUGGAUUAUAGGUGUAUGGUAUCAGGAAGUGAGCAGAAGUUCCUUCUAUCAUUAGGGAAGUCUCAGAUAUACACUUGGGCUGGUCGGCCAUCAGAUCGCUGGACCAAACUGGACUUGAAAACAGAAUUGCCGCGGGACACCCUUCUUUCUGUAGAAAUUGUUCAUGAAUUGAAAGGAGAGGGGAAAGCACAGCGAAAAAUUAAUGCCAUCCACAUCCUGGAUGCCCUGGUACUCAAUGGCACUGAUGUCAGAGAGCAGCAUUUUAAUCAGCGAAUUCAGCUAGCAGAGAAGUUUGUAAAAGCCGUCUCUAAACCUAGCCGGCCAGAUAUGAACCCUAUCAGAGUGAAGGAAGUAUAUAGGCUAGAGGACAUGAAGAAGAUCUUUCUAAGGUUAGAGAUGAAGAUCAUCAAGAGCUCAGGUGGAAUACCACGACUGUCCUACACUGGCCGUGAUGACCGACACUUUGUACCUGUAGGAUUGUACAUUGUUCGGACAGUCAAUGAUCCAUGGACAAUGGCAUUCAGUAAAAAUUCUUUCAGGAAAUUUUUCUACAACAAGACAACACAAAUGUCCAGUUAUGAACUGCCUCCAGAAGCCGUUGCACCUUUUCACAUUUGCUACUUCAAUUGUCUUUUCUGGGAAUGGGGAAACGGUGUCAAAGUGCAUGACUCUCAAAAAAGGGAAGACCCAGAGAAGCUAUCCAAAGAAACUGUUCUGUCCUUCAUCAGACAACAUUCACCCUAUGAUGAAUCCCUCACCAGGUCCUGGGGAACAGCCGGGGAGCCUGGACUGGAAUCAUCUGCAGCUGAUUAGAAUAAUUGUCUUCCAGCCACUUGCACUGAGCCAUGGAAGAAGACUGUCAAAAGAGGCCAGAUUGGGUGGUAGGGGACCGAAUGCAAAACAAACGAGACAAGGCUUCAGACUGCAAAUAGCACUGUACAUAAGUUUCUGCUCCUGGCACUUCUACGGCAGGUUUCACAAAGGCAGUUUCUUGAGCAGUGGACAUUCCUCUGAAUUGAUCCCCACCGUACCUUUCUUGUCCGCCCCCAUCUGUGCUCUGUAUAUCUUGACAUCUGGACUCCGUGUAGCAGGUAGCACAGCAAAGAUGAAGAUGCACACAGCUCUCAAGUAGUACGUCUAAAGGGGAACAUCACAUGGCGCCUGACAAGGCUGCUCAAGCUUGCAAAAUGUGGACAGGACAGAAGAGGACAUCCUUUUAAUGACUUCAUUUUAUCUCUUGGGUCUUCUUUGUAUCAUGACACUAGUGUGGGCCAUUCUGGCUCUUGUGAUACCUAGCUUUGUGUCUCCUGCCUAGAGUGCUCUAGGUACAGAUAUAUUCGUGGAAAGAAACCGGACAGAUGGAAGUCUUGACUGUAAAUAGUAUGUUACUACCAACAGUGACUUGUAACUUGGGUUGAAAUUGAAUCUUAUGCUUCUAUGCAAAGUAACCCUUGUUCCCACUGCACAACUUGAGGUGCACAGCCCCAUGCAGUUUUUUUCCAUGAAACACACUAGCUGUGACUUCAUCUAGAUGGAAGUCAUUCUUUUGUCCAUGUUUGAGGCAAACCUGAUGUUUUUUUCCCCUUGUCAAAGAGUUAAGCUGGUUUAGGGCUUAGAGAAUUUAUGGUCUUCAAGAAAUGUGUGCUCUGGUGAAUUAGUGGUGUUUGGAUUUGAUCCAGCCAACCCACUUACAGAGAGGCCAUAUUCUCUUGUUCUUUUAAAUGCUUCAGGUCAGCAUGAAAACUUCUAUACAUCUGGAUUAAAAAUCCUAUCUGAGCGAAGCCACAACACUUUCUGUUUGCCAAUACCCAUGAAUAAAUAAUAUUCUGCUUUUGUGAAUUGUAUUUUAACAUUUGGUUUUUCUGUGCUGAGAAUAAAGGGGUGGCUAAAGGAGUAGGACUGUGCUUUCCCCAUGAUAUGACUUCAGUUAAGGCCUAAGGAAAGUAUAUGGGCUUUGUUUUCUAAUGUGAGCCAGCUGUUAAUGUGCAGUGAAGGAAUUUGGAGUCAGCAAAGUAUUUUAUGUAUGCUAGUGUUGAUGAGUGGAGGUGGGUGUGCUUAGGUGGUGCCUUACUAGAUCUGUAUGAGACCUUUAAUUGAAGCCACCAUCAAAGUCUCAGACCCUUUCCCAUUACAGUUGUGGAUUAGCAACAGAGUUCAACUGUGGGGAGGAAAUUAGCAUCUGCCCCCUGCAACUGAGCUACAGAAAUUCCAUACACCCCCUCUAAAGCCUCCAUAUAACCCUUGUGUCUUUUGUAGUGUUUGGGUGGAACUUUGCCAGAAUGAAGAGGUCCAGUAUGUGCAGCCCAAUAUUGUUUGGCAGCAACAUCUUCCUGUUCACCUCAGUUGCGGCACUUGCUUAGUUCUAUCAGUAGUUUAUAUUCCUGUUCCUUUGCAUCAACAAUUGAAAGUGGUAAGAGAAAGUGUUCUAGUUUAAAGUUUAAAACUGCCCUCCUCAACAUUUCCUAUGGGUAGACAUGAGCAGGCAGGAAGAUCAUGUUAUAUUGGAGGAUCAUCAUUAGGAUUCAGAAUUCAGUGAUUUGAUGGGAAGGGUCUAAUUUCACAUCAGACUAAUUUCCCAGAAACGGUGGAUCUUUGUCUGAAGCAUGAGCCAAACUACAGGUCAGAGUUUUAUCUUGAUUCACUGGUUUAUUUUGGACAGCAAGGGGCAAAGAUGAAUAAAUGACCUUCAUCUCCAAAUUGA